AUGGAAGACCUUAAAGAAAUCCACUCCAACGUGAGUGACUCAGGAAAGGCUGAGGCCCUUGACGACCAGGGCUUGCAGUUCACUGCUCGUUUUGAGGAGCUGGAACUCCUCGCAAAAGAAGCAGAAGAUACAAACUCCUUGUGGGACCGUAUGGUGUUGAGAACUGGCUACACCAUCAACUUUAGCCAGAGAAAACACAUGGUUUACAUGCUUGCCUUCUUUGCCUCUUUGGGAGGCAUGCUUUCUGGUGUUGACCAAUCGCUCAUUUCCGGUGCCAAGGUGUCUCUUGUUCCAGAUCUCAAUGUUACCUCGCACGAGCAAUCUCUUGUGAGUGCUUUGAUGCCUCUGGGUGCUAUUGGUGGAUGUAUCUGUCUUUCUCCAUUGAACGAGCUUCUGGGAAGAAGACUGUCUAUUAUGGUUGCUUGUAUUUCUUACACUAUUGGAGGUGUUUUGUGUGCUGCUACUCCAAAUGUUGAAGGUUUGUAUGCCGGUCGUUUCUUUAUUGGAUUUGGUGUUGGUUUGGAAUCCAUCAUCCCUGCCUACGUUGGUGAGUGUUCUCCAUCCGAAGUGAGAGGAAACCUGGUUUCCUUGUUCCAGUUCAAUAUUGCUCUUGGAGAAGUUUUCGGAUACGCUAUUGCUGCCAUGUUCUAUUCGCUGGACGGUGCCUGGAGAUACAUUCUGGGUUCGUCGCUCGUGUUCUCCACCUUGCUGUUUGCCGGUAUGUUCUUCCUUCCAGAGUCCCCAAGAUACCUUGUCCACAAGGGAAGACUUGGAGCCGCAUACACUAUCUGGAAACGUCUUAGAAACAUCGAGGACAUUAACUCCAAGAUCGAGUUCUUGGACAUGAUCCAGUCUUUGGAACAAGAAGAGCUCGAGGACGCCCACGUCUCAAGCAAACACAAGUGGAUGGACUUCAUCACCAACAGCAGAGCCCGCAGAUCGCUCAUUUACUCCACAGUGAUGAUUUUCCUUGGACAGUUCACCGGUGUCAACGCUGUCAUGUACUACAUGUCGACCCUGAUGGCUUCCAUUGGAUUCGACGAGAAGAACUCUGUGUUCAUGUCGCUUGUUGGAGGAGGUGCUCUGCUUCUCGGUACCAUUCCAGCCAUCAUGUGCAUGGACUACUGUGGACGCCGGUUCUGGGCCAAUGCUAUGCUUCCAGGAUUCUUCAUCGGAUUGGUGUUUGUUGGUAUCUCUUACAGACUGCCUGUCAACGGCUCUGCGUCGCUCGGAUUGUACCUGACCGGUAUCAUCUUGUACAUGGGCUUCUUCGGCUCGUACUCGUGUCUGACCUGGGUUAUUCCAUCCGAGGUGUUCCCAACAUACCUGCGUUCGUACGGUGUUACCGUGACCAGUGCCUCGUUGUACCUGUGGGCCUUCAUCAUCACCUACAACUUCACCGAUAUGUGGAACGCGUUCACCGACACUGGACUGACUUUGGGAUUCUACGGAGGAAUCGCUGCUCUGGGAUGGAUCUACCAGCUGCUUUUCGUGGUGGAGACCAAGGGCAGAUCUUUGGAAGAAAUCGACGACCUUUUCUCCAAACCAACCAUGACUCUUGUUGCAAUCAACCUCAAGUCCGUUCGGAAAGACUUCCGCAACAUUUUCCACGGAAACUUCAGAGAAGUGGUCCACGGAACAUCUACUUCGUACUAG